GUAGAAUUGAACACAAUGGCAGGCUACCAUCUCCCAGUCGACCUCAAGCAGUUCAAGAAGCUGCAGCUGGAUCCCAACAGCAAGAAGCUGUCCGACCAGCAGAAAAAAGAUCUCCUACACAACAUUGGCAUCUUCCGCGAUGCCAUCGUCGCCUUCACAGCCACCGGUGCUGCCCGUGGCCAGGCAGGCCACACGGGCGGUCCCUUCGACACGGCCCCCGAAGUCUGUAUCCUGCUAGGCUUUAUCAAUGCCAAUCCGGAUGCCUUCUAUGAUGCUAUUUUCGACGAGGCGGGCCACCGCGUCGCGACGCAGUACCUGCUUGCUGCCAUCGACGGUAAGAUCGAGCCCGAUCACCUACUCAACUACCGAGAUGCCAACUCGAAGCUCCCCGGCCAUCCGGAGCUGGGGCUGACCCCCGGCGUUAAGUUUAGCUCCGGUCGGCUGGGCCAUAUGUGGCCGCUGGUCAACGGUAUUGCCAUGGCCCACAAGGACAAGAAGGUCUUUAUGCUGGGCUCUGACGGCUCGCAGCAGGAAGGUAACGAUGCUGAGGCUGCGCGUAUUGCCGUUGCCAACAACCUCAAUGUCAAGCUGUUCCUCGACAACAACGACGUCACCAUUGCUGGCCACCCGUCAGUGUACCAGAAGGGAUACGAGCUCGAGCGGACACUCACUGGCCACGGCAUGAAGGUCGUUCGUGCCCAGGGUGAGGAUAUUGACUCGUUGUACAACGCCAUGGUCGAGGUCGUCAGUACAGACGGCCCGGCCGCUGUGGUCGUGGACCGCAAGAUGGCGCCCGGCAUUGAAGGAAUUGAAGGACAGACUAAGGCGCACGAUGUCGUGCCUGUGGAUAUUGCCCGCAAGUACCUCACCAAGCGUGGCUACUCGCAAGAGUCGCUCGCCUUCUACGACCAGAUCAAGGCCACCUCCAACACGCACCAGUACCUGGGCUCUACUAAAGAGAAGGGCGGCAACCGCGUGAUCUUUGGUGAGGCCGUCAACUCUGUCCUGGACGGGCUCAGCAAGGAAGAAGCGGCCCGCCGCGUCAUGGUCAUCGACUCUGACCUUGAGGGCUCUACCGGUCUCAAGGCUAUUCACCAGGCCCACCCGGAGGUCUACGUAUCAUCAGGCGUUAUGGAGCGCGGCAACUUCUCCGCAGCUGCUGGUUUCGGCUUCGGUAGUGACGGCUCGCGCCAGGGUGUCUUCUCGACCUUCUGCGCGUUCAUUGAGAUGCUGAUCUCUGAGAUCACCAUGGCCAGACUGAACGGAUGCAGCGUCCUCUCGCACUUCUCACAUAGUGGUGUCGACGAAAUCGCCGACAACACCUGCCAUUUCGGCCUCAACGCCUUCUUUGCCGAUAACGGUCUCAUGGACGCCGAGAACACAGGCCUCUACUUCCCGGCCGACGGCGAGCAGAUGAAGGCCGUGGUCAAGAAGGUCUUCUUCACCAAGGGCCUGCGCUUCAUCUUCUCCACCCGAUCCAAAGUGCCGUACAUCCUGAAGGAGAACAGCGACGAGAAGCUCUUCGGCGGCUCAUACGAGUUCCAGCCAGGCAAGGAGGAGUUUAUCCGCAAGGGCAAGGCUGGGUAUGUAGUUUCCUACGGCGACAUGCUCUACCGUUCGCUUGAUGCCGUCGAGCGUCUCCGCAAGGAAGGCCUCGACGUUGGUCUGAUCAACAAGCCUACCCUAAACGUUGUCGACGAGGACGCGAUCAAGGAGUAUGGCUCGUCACCGUUUGUGGUCGUCGUCGAGUCUCUCGCGCAGAAAACCAGUCUUGGGUCACGGCUGGGAUCCCACCUCCUGGACCGCGGCCUGACGCCUAAGUUCCGCAUGAUGGGUGCAGUCAAGGAGGGCUGUGGCGGCCUGUUCGAGCAGAUCAACGCGCAGGGUAUGGGUCCUGACGAUAUUGUCCGUGUGGUUAAAGAGGUUGCUCAAAAGUAG